AUGCCGGCUGCCACGGCCGAGUUGGACGCCGACGGAGGCUGGGCUCAGCCAAAACUGGGCUCGAACACCAAGCCCUUGGCCCAGCGGCGUGACUGCAAGAGGCCGCUGGAGAAGCAGCGCCGCGAUUCGUCCGCCGAACUCUCCAAGUGCGGCGGCCUGCACGCGAUGGGUCGCAGCGGCCGCGGACGAGUUGUGAAGGAAAGCCGCGCAGAGGAAGAAGGAGCCCAAGACGCCUUGAGGGAGGUACCCACUCCGCUUCGUGGAGGUCGGGCUACCGUGAAAACUCCGGUAAACGCACUCGAGGAGGUCAUGCGACGACGAGGUGUGGAUGAGGCUUGGGAUGCCUUGGAGCAGAUGCAUGCAGACGGCAAGACAACGGACAAGUACACGGUUUCCCGAAUGCUGAUGAAGACCGUCGGUGAUGGGCAAGCUCACCUCGACCCAACAAGAGCCUACAGAGGAAUCGCUCUGGUUGAGCGAUUCAUCGAGAUGCAACCGGAGGAUGUGGACGAGGUCUUGUUCAAUGCCCUCCUGGAUACUUGCUGCCGCCUCAAGGACCUGAAGCGGCUCGAGAGCUGUGUCAGCUGGAUGCGGCAGUUGAGGGUGAAGCCAUCGCCUAUCACACUAGGCAUUCUGGUGAAGACUUACGGCCAAGCCGGUGACUUGGAAAAGGUAUUGGCGGCCUGGGACGAGAUGGAGGAGCAGAGGGGAUUGGCCAACUCAGUGACAUAUGGCUGCAUGCUGGACGCGUGCGUCAAGUGUGGGAACCUCCAGAAGGCCGUGGAGGUAUUCAGAGGAAUGCGUGCCACGGGCAAGCAUCGCAACACUAUCCUCUAUACCACUAUGAUCAAAGGCUAUGGCUUACACAAGGAGUUGGAGAAUGCGCUGGAGCUCUUCCAUGAAAUGCGAGAGGAAGGUGUCCCUUACAACACCAUCACGUACAACUCCAUCCUGGAAGCCUGUGUGAAAUGCGGAGACAUUGUGUCCGCGGAGAACAUUCUCGAGCAGAUGGUGCAGACGGAGAUGGAAAUCGUGCCAGACCUGAUCAGCUACUCUACGGUCCUGAAGGGCUACUGCCAGAAUGGAGAGCUGCUGAAGGCGCUUUGCAUGUUCGAUGACAUGAAAGAGAGACGCCUUCGCAGCGACGAGCUCGUGUACAAUACGCUCAUGGAAGGCUGCGUGAAGGCGGACGACUGGAAAGCAGGCUGCGGCCUCUUCGCAGAGAUGGUUUCUUGCGGACUCCGACCAUCUGCGAUCACAGCCAGCAUCCUCUCAAGGCUUUUCCAGCGAGUCGGCCAUGAAGAUGCAGAUGAGAGGGUGACGGAUCUCUUCGCCGCGGUUGGCCUGGAAAAGCCGCAGCCAGCCGAGCGGCCUCGUGCCUCUCGCCGCGGGCAGCGCUCGCCCGCUGCUUCUCCGGUGGAGGCAUCUCCGUCAGUCACCGAUGGCUUGCCACACCUGGUGUCGCAGAGCGAGAUGUCUGAGGCCCCGCUGAGGCAGCUGCGGGGACACCUUUCCAACGGUAGCAUGUGCAGCGUGCCGCCUUCGCCUAUGUCCCCGCCUCACGCAAUGGGCUCUCCCGCACUUCACGGCCACAUGCGGCAAGGACAGUUUCCCGCAGUGCAUCACUCGCCUCUGCGGCCGCACGGCGAGACUUCGGAUCAGGUCAAGCAUAGCCGCGUGCCCUCACUGGCAUCCAUGCUGCCACCGGUCGAAAACCGCUACCAGGAGAAGGCCUCCUUCUCUCAGGGAGGCGCUCCUUUGCCAAUGGAUGGCAGUUUCCACGAGGCUUGUAGCUCGCACGCCGGACAAGUGCCCAUACAGUUUUCUCCCGCAUUGAAGGGGACCUCUGGAACCUCGAGCGCGCAGCCUUCGUUGGCUUCUCUGCUGCGGCAGCCAGAGGAGGUGUAUGACCAGCAGGGGCAUCGCCACUCUCAUGGUCGCACCCCGUCCCUUGCGACGCUGCUAGCUCCGCUGGACGGUCUCGCCGAGGGGGCCUGCCAAAAGUGUGAUCGCUUCAUGAGCGACCAGGCACAGCCGUCACCUGGUGCUACGAUGCCCAGCCCAGUCGGACUAGUUGGGGUGGCAGACGGCAAGCACGACCAGGACAUGAGGCAGGCUUAUGGGCACGCCGUCCCCACCCUUGCCGCGAUGCUGUCCCCCAUGGAGGCAUCUCGUGACCAGGCCCUGCCGACGCCGACGCGAACCAACAUGUCCCCGGAUGGCCAGCCGGCACCGGGACAAAUGCCUUUGUCGCCGGCAUCAAUGCUUUUGUCAGCAGAAGCAGCGGGGGAUCAGGCCUCGCCUGUCCAGCUUUUCGGGGUACAUCCACAUGAGGAGCUGUCCUCGAUGCGGCAAUCCUAUCCGACACACUCGCAAGACCACUUUCAGUCCUCCUACUUCUCCCAGGACAUGUGGAGCUAUUUCCCAGAUCGGCAUGGACGAUGGUGA